CUGACAAACGGUCGCAGCCUCCCCCGCAACCAAGUCCCCGAAUGGGCGGCCUUCUACAUCAACUACAAGGGCCUCAAGAAGCUGAUCAAGGCCGCCGCCCAGUCGGCCAAGAAUGGAGAGAAGGUGGACUUAGCAGAAUUCUUCUUCGCCCUGGACCGCAACCUCGAGGAUGUCGACGCCUUCUACAACCGCAAGCUCGGCGAGGCAGUCCGUCGCCUCAGCUUGCUGCGCGACCGCUACGGCCGCGUCCCCGAUGUCGUCUCCAAUCUCGACGAGGAUGAGAUCGAGGAGCUCAUGGGUGCCUUGUACGAGAUGCGCGUGCAGCUGCGCAACCUGAACUGGUUCGCCGAGAUCAACCGCAGGGGCUUCGUCAAGAUCACCAAGAAGCUCGACAAGAAGGUCCCUGAGAGCGCCUCGCAGCACCGCUACAUCUCGACAAAGGUCGACCCUCUGCCCUUCGCCAAGGACACCACUGGAACGCGCCUGCUCGCCGAGAUCAACAAGUGGAUCUCGGUUUUGGGCGACGCCCGGAAUAUCGACGACUCCAGAUCCGAUAGGUCGGUGCGGUCGCUGGGUCGUGCGUCGUCAAAGGCCAUGUUGACGCUGUCGCAAGGCCUGCUUGACACGCUGGAACAGGCGAUCCGCAACGACAACGUCGAGUCACUGAAGACUGGCUUGAAGGAGGGUAACGUGACGGGCGAGCACGCCUCUCAUGGCCUGUUGCUCAACUUGCUGCAGCGGUCCAUCGCUGCGAGAUCCAAGGCCAGCAUUGCCUUCAUCCUGGACCAGCUCCCUUCGAUUUAUGAGCCUGACGACAUCAACGAGCGCAAUUGCAUUCACCGCCUUGUAAUUCACAUUGGCCGCACAAGGUCUAAUGACCCUGACAACGAGCCGAAAUCUUACCCCUUCCCGAUCGGCACUCAGUUUACUUCUCACGAUCUCCAGCCAGCAACCUCGCAGCAGACCAACACCCCACGUGCCCUGAACGAAAACGAGACCAAGCUCCUCGGAAAGGAUGAUGAGGCAGUCCAGAUUCUCAUGUAUCUCCUCGACACACUGAAGCCGGAGCACCGUGAGGCGCUCAGCGGCAGGGACUCGUUCGGCCGCAUGCCGCUGCACUACGCUGCUCGCUUCGGCUUCGUCGUCGUUUGCCAGAUCCUCAUGGCCAAGAUGCAGGAGUGGGGCCAGUUCAACGUUGAGAACGGCAUUGAUGCCCCCGAGUGGCAGGACAAUGACGGUUACGCGCCGCUGCAUUUGUCAGUCGUCGGCGGCCAUCCCUUGACCACUAAGGCCCUCCUCCAGGGUGAGAACUGGCAGGGCGUGAAUGAAAAGAAGGCGGAGAUGAGGAAGACGGUGUCGAAGUCUGGCGCUGUUUUGGCCAUGGCCACCAAGUCCAACUACAAAGUCAUCGUGGAGAUGCUUGUUGAGGCUGGAGUGGAUAUCAACUGGCAGGAUAAGACGGGUGAAACCGCUCUUCAUCUCGCUGCGCGAUUUGGCCAUGACGAAAUUGCCAAGGUUCUCCUGAAGGGCACCGACGAGCAGAAGGCUGAUGUCGAGAUUCCCGAGAAUUCGUACGCCUGGACGCCACUUCACGUCGCAGCUGUCGACGGUCAUCUGUCGAUGGCGCAGUUGCUUGUUGAUGCUGGAGCUGAGAUCGCCAAGGCUGAUUCUUCUGGCUGGACCGCCAAGGAGCAUGCUGCUCUGCGUGGCCACCUGGACAUUGCCAGACUUCUUGCGGCGCAACCUGCUGCCGACCUCGUCCAGACCACGAAGGAACUUAAGGUUUCUGGAGACACCUCUCGUUCUUCGUCCCCAGAGAACAACACAUCCCUCGACGGUCGCAAGUCGAAUGGCGCCAGCCGUCCGCUCGAGCCUGUCAAGACUUUUGGUCACCGAUACCUCACUAACAAGAGCAUGGUCUUGGUCAGUCUCGGUUCGAUGGAUAUGCGCAAGAACAUUGAGGCCGUCAAGCUCGACCGUGUGCCCCUGACCGAGGCUCACCUUACAGAGCUGGACACAGCUCUGUCUAUCGUGGUUUCGGCUAGUGGAGCUCAGGGUGAGCCUACCAUUCUCGACUUGCCCGUCCACGAGAAUAUCUCUACCGAACCAAUCGUCUUCACCGCCGAGGACCCCGCACAGGUUAAGAUCAUGUUCGACAUUGUUCCUACCUACUCUGGAAAUGAGAAGAACAAGAUCGGACGUGCUGUUGCCCUCCUCUCCCACAUUAAGCCCACCAUCGGUACCAAGCGCAUGAACCUACAGGGCGACGUCUGCAUUCCCAUCAUGGGCAGCAAUCUGGAAAUUAUUGGCACUGUCAACUUCAACUUCUUGGUCGUCACUCCUUUCUCCCACCCCAACAUGGAGAUCAACUCCCAGCAGACUUACUGGAAGAAGCUUGCUUCAACGAUGGUUAUUGGUCACCGCGGCAUGGGUAAGAACCUGUCGAGCAACAAGUCUCUCCAACUUGGAGAGAACACGGUGCCUUCUUUUAUUGCAGCAGCCAACUUGGGCGCCCAAUAUGUUGAGUUCGAUGUGCAGCUUACCAAGGACCACGUCCCGGUUAUUUACCACGACUUCCUUGUCAGCGAGACGGGUAUUGAUGCCCCAGUGCACACCCUCACUUUGGAGCAAUUCCUUCAUAUCAACCCUGACUCCAACCGCCCCAGUGUCAACGGCAACACCAUCAACGCUGUCAAUGAGAAUCUAGAAAGAGUUCGCAACAACGUCCCAGGCCCCAGACAACGUUCUUUGUCCAUGGGAUAUGCUGGAGAUGGCUUGAACGGCAAUGGCCUCGAGGAGCGCAUGAAGCACACCCGUGACUUCAAGAACAAGGGCUAUAAGGCCAACUCGCGCGGCAACUUCAUCCAGGCCCCCUUUGCCACCCUUGAGGACCUCUUCCGCCAGCUGCCCGAGCACAUCGGCUUCAACAUUGAAAUGAAGUACCCUAUGCUCCACGAGAGCGAGGAGCAGGAGAUGGACACCUACGCCGUCGAACUCAACUCCUUCUGCGAUACAGUCCUGUCCAAGGUCUACGACCUCGCUGGCAACAGGCACAUCAUUUUCAGCUCCUUCAACCCGGACAUCUGCCUGUGCCUCAGCUUCAAGCAGCCCUCGAUCCCCAUCAUGUUCCUGACCGACGCCGGCACCUGCCCCGUCGGCGACAUCAGGGCCUCGUCUCUCCAGGAGGCCAUUAGAUUCGCUAGCCGCUGGAAUCUGAUCGGUAUCGUCAGCGCCGCAGAACCGCUCAUUAACAGCCCGCGACUGGUCAGGGUCGUCAAGGAGAGCGGUCUCCUCUGCGUCAGUUACGGGACGCUGAACAACAACCCCAUUAUGGUCCAGCGCCAAGUAAAAGAGGGUAUCGACGCGGUCAUCGUGGACAACGUCCUUGCUAUCAGAAAGGGACUCACGACCAACGAGGAGGCCAACGGUCAGGCGUUGGAUGAGGGUUCGGAGGGUGAAUCGUCUUAG